AUGAUGCCGUUCCUUCAGCUGCCGCCCAUCCCGGCGCCGCAUGCCGAGCUACCGAGCUAUCUUGAGCAGCACCCAGACAAGCCCAUGACAGAGCUGUUUGAGCCUUACCGCAAAUAUGAGGCCAGAGUGCGCGAGCUGUAUGCCCAAGAGCCCGGCCACCCGGUGCUCGUGGACCCGCAUGUCAAUGUGCUGCCGCUCUUCACGGAGGACACGCCCAAGCUGCAGAUUCGGGCCCGUGAUACGAAUGCCGAGCCGGAAGACCUGAAGGCCAAGUACAUCAUGUCUCUGCCCAAGGAGAACCGCAGGGCCAACGGCUCCCCGGCUGUUGUGCCGUCCAUUGAGGCCUUCCAGGGCAACUUUGCGGUCUUCUCCGAGUCGUCGCUAGCCGACAUUGGUUGGGAGAAUGUCGUGGCUGCUGGCUCGUCCGUCGUCAACUGCCUGUUGCCCGUGCCGGACGAGUUCAGCAAGUCUCGUCGGUCGCUGCGCGAGUACUACCACGAAAAAUUCUGCCCGGCGUCCGACGUCGAUCUGUUCCUCUACGGCUUGACGGAAGAGCAGGCUAUCGAGAAGAUCAAGGAGAUCGAGGCCGGCAUCCGCGACUCCAUCUUGGCCGAGACGACCACGGUCCGCACCAAACACGCCAUCACCAUCUGCAGCGAGUACCCGACCCGCCACGUGCAGAUUGUCCUGCGCAUUUACAAGUCAGUGUCCGAAAUCCUGGCUGGUUUCGACAUUGACAGCUCUAGUGCCGCCUACGAUGGCAAACAGGUCUACUGCACGCCGCGUGCCCUGCAAUCGUACAUGACCCAGAUCAACCAUAUCGAUCUGACACGCCGCAGCCCGUCGUACGAGAACCGUCUAUCCAAGUACAGCCACCGCAACUUUGAGGUGUUCUGGGGCGACCUCGACCGCUCACGCGUCGACCCGACAAUCUUUGAGCGCAGCUUCAACCGCACGCUCGGCCUGGCACGUCUUCUUGUGCUGGAGCGUCUACCCACAGCUGACUCGCGCCAGUCGUAUGCCACGAAGCGCCGCCAGGAGCGUGGCCGGCCGCCACUGUACAAUUCCCACUAUCUCCACGGCAAACUCGGCAAUAUCAAGGACCAGCACGAGGACGAGGUCGCCGAGUGGGUCACUCCGGACGACGUCAACAACUAUGAUACAUUUGUCCUUCCGUAUGGCCGAAAGUACCAUGCGAAGCGCAUCGAGAAGCUGUGCUACACGCGCGACCUUCUUUUGAACGCAGAGUGGAAUCAGAAGAAGGACCGUGAGGUCUAUCUUCACAGACACCCCGCCUUUUUCGGUCGUGCUGAGGAUGUCAUGGAAGACUGCUGCUGUUUCUGCCCCAAGCCGCAGACAGACAGGGAGAAGGAGGUUGCAGAGGAGGAAAGCAAGACGUACAUCUCUGGCAAGAUCUCUUUCGUGACCGAUGACCCAGGCCGGCAGCAAAUCGGUUCUUUCAAUCCCCUGACAGACAAUGAUUGGACCGAGAUGGCCUAUGUUGGCAACACGGCCCGUCUCUGCCAGGCCAUCAUUGACGGCGACCUGGAGCAUGUCGAGGACUGGCUGGCUCAGGAUGGCGUGGACCCCAACAGACGCGACCACACCGGCCGCACACCCCUCCACCUGGCCGUCAUGACGUCCUCCCCUGCCAUUGUCAAGAAACUGGUCGAUCACGGUGCUCGACUCAUUUCCCGCGUCGCUGACGGCAGAACUGCUCUCCAUCUGGCGGCUCAGCGUGGUAGUAUCGAGAUCGUCAAGAUUCUCAUGGACAAGAGCACUGAGAACGAGGCGGAAGAAGAUGAAAAGCAGAACCAGCGCCGCAAGGCCAAACUGGCUGCUGACGCCGAGAAGAAGAUGAAGAAGGGCGAAGAGUCUGAGGGUGAGCACACCGAUUCAGAGGAGGAGGAAGACGUGGACGAUGACAACUCUGAUGGCGAGCUCAUCGACGACGAGGUGUCUGACGACGGCGUACACUCCGUAACCACCGCCUCCUUUGUCAAGGUCAAGAGCAAGGACAAACAGGACCUUGGUGGCGACGCUGCGCUGAACGAUGCCGACGAUGAACCCGACUUCUACGACGUCAACGUCAUUGCGUGGGACCGCCCCUGCUCCGCCCUCCACUUUGCCAUCAUCAACGGCCACGAUGAGGUCGUGAAGCUGCUCUGCCAGGAGUACGGCGCCGAUGUUUUGCUACCCGUCAAGUUGCUCAACUCCUACAACCAACAGCCCUCCUCGGCCAUCCUUACUCUGGCCCUUGGCUUGGCUCUCCCUGUCGACAAGGCCAAGUCCAUGACCGCCACACUACUCAGGCUAGGCGCGACUUGCGCACAGGCCGACCUCAACGGCAUCACGGCUUUCCACAGAUUUGUUGAACAUACCGACAUGGAUCUUGUGCAGCAGCUGAUGGAUCUCGACAAGACAGGCGCCCCCGUUGCCAUGAAUAGCCUCUCCUUCCAGUCUGCCUGGUAUUCGGCCAGCCCUCUGCUGUGCGCCAUUGCGUCGGGCAAUGUCCGUAUGGCUCUCAAGCUGCUCGAAAAUGGUGUCCCGCCUCAGAUCGACUUCGAUACCUGGCUCAAGUAUGCGAAGGCAUCGACUGCCUUUGGCAACAAUCUCAGCUCCUUUGAAGAGAACAACAAAACCUUUAACAUGCGCUUCGAGCAGCCUUUGAUUGUCGCUCUACGGUCGUCCAAUCCGAAGAUUGCCCUCGAGCUUCUCGAACGCGGCGCGGACCCGGACACCAAGACCAAGGACGGACACGCCAAAGACCACCAACGGUGGAUGUCCCGGUUAUCAACGGUCGAUAAUGCACUGGCCCUUGUCCGCGGUUCCCUGAAAGCUCUUCGCGGCUACAAGAACGAAACUCCCAAGCAGAGCACGCUCCUCGAGGUGUCUGGAAACCCUGAAAAGUUUUUGGCCACUUUGUCCAAGGAUAGUUGGAUGUACGUGGCAGCACUGUGCGACCUGAAAAAGGCCAUGAAGGAUGUGGUCAACAUUAUCAAGAAGCAUGACGAUGCUCUCGCAAAGGUCCACCAGCUCGAUGGCGAGGAGAAGAAGAAGGCUGCCAUCAAGGAUAUGAUUGCGACCUUGGAGAAGAUCGAGGCCAAGAUACUGGAAACAACUCGCCAGCCGCGUGUCUACGAGAACAAGGUCCCACCGGUCGAGUCCACCAAGGACUACAACUACGCGUUUGUGCCGGAGUUUUUCGGCGUCAAUGAUGUCACCUAUAGCCGCCGUUGUGGCUAUGUCCAGCUAUUCGAGGCUGCGUGGAACGGCGACUUGGCCACCAUUAAGCAGCUCACGCUUGGUAGCUGGGGUGAGAACAAGUCCCAGAAGCCUCUGACUAUCACCGUCAACGACGCACAGAGUAACAACGCCUUCUCGCUGGCUUUCCUGCGCGGCCACUACAAGGUCGCUACAGCCAUUCUGGAAAUUACCCAGGCGCAGUACUCCUCGGAUGUGAAGCAGAGGGUCAGCUACGAGAUGAAAGAAGAGACGGACGACGAGGACACCAGCAUGAACAGCGACAGCGAGUACGAAGAGGACGAGACCGGCACGUACCGCAUCAUUGUCGACAACGACCAGUUCACCAUUGACAACAUUGGCGAGGUGAAUAUGCAGGUUAAGGGCACCGUUACACCACUUGACCUGCUGGCCAAGUCUGUCGCAACAUUUACCGUUCGAGACGGUAAGGUUACCGACUACAAGAUUUCCAGUGGAUCGCUGUUUGAGUUUGUCUUCCAGCAGAACGACCGGCGGGGCUUCGAGUUCCUCCUCGAUACGGCCACCCACUUUGCUACCCAGACGAAGGAAGGCAACUCCCGCAGCAGCUACUACAACUUUCCCAUCAGCGACUUCCGUGCGGCCGUGACCAGUGGUCGUGUCGAGAUGCUAGCCGAGGUGAUCAAACGCACCGGCGCCGGCCUUCCCCUCGAGGAGAUGGUGAAGGACUCAGGCAUCAAGAUUGAGGAGCCGCCCGAGUACUACCAGGGCCUGACGGUCUAUGGUAAGAAGCGGAGCGACUGGGCCGAGGCCGGGCGCAAGACGGUGACGCGCUCGACCGGCAUGACAGAUUCGCCCCUCCUGUUCGCCGCAGAGGCGGGCUGUCUGGAAUCCAUCGAGUGGUUCCUCAGCGAUGCUCCUUUGCGGUGCUACCUCGAGUUCACCGCAUCCAAGGCUGCGCGGGACGACAAGCGCUUGACACACCUGAGCCAAGCGCCUGGUGGCUUCGAGGGUGCCAUUUCGCGCUGGCUGACGAAGAACACUGUGAUACUGACCUGGAGUCAAGGUGACCUUGCACUCAACAAAGCCAUGGCAUGUCCCGACGCUCAGAAAGCUCUCCCCGUCAUCAAGUAUCUCCUCAAAGUCGCACCCGACAGCAUCUCGGCUGGAGGCGAGGACCGUAUGACCCCCCUUUUGUCGGCCGUGAGGUUCGGCCAUCUCGAAGCCGUUAAGAUCCUUGUUGAUAGUGGCGCCGACCAGUCCAAACGCCAUGAGACGACAUACGCGAACUUGCUACACGUGGCCCUCUUUGAGAGCCCCAAGGCGCCGGAGCUCAAGAGGCUGCUGGAUAUUCUGGGCAAGGACGCCGUUGACGGCAUGUUCUGCGAGCGCACCCACCACGCCUCUUGGAGCGAGAGCCGCACGCCCCUACAUGCGUGGCUGGAGCGGACGCUAUCGAGCGGCUACAAUGUUCAAUACGGCCCCGCCAACGACUACGGAAGCGAUGAAGAGGUGAUUGCCGUGAUGCGACUUCUCCUCUCGCGCUCGGGUGGCCGCGAACUGAAUAUCAUUGACAGUGCAGGCGAUACGGUGAUGCACAUGCUCGCCCGGAAGCAAAAGAACCCCAACUUUAUGUUGGCGCUGCUCGAAGCCAUCCCGCGCGAGCUUGCCAUCAGCCUCCUAUACCGCGAGAACGCGGUUGGUGCAACGCCGCUCGAGGUCGCCCAAGACGUGUUCUUGGCAUCGUUUGUCACAGAGCGGCGCGAGAAUACCAGAAUGUUCGAUCUCACGGUGAACAAGUGGCCCUCGGCGAAGGCCGAGGAGUUUACAGCAGUGGUGUACGAGGGCCGCGAGCAGGCGCCCAUACCGACGCGCAUAACGACGAACAAGCCCGAGGCGUUGAAGCGGGCAGAAGAAACCUUGACUGCGGUGAACAGGUUCCUUCGGGGCGAGAAGGGCAAGCGCCGACUGGUCAGCCUUCACGAAGCCAACGACGUGGCCAGGCGGGUCGGCCACGGGUACCAGAACCAGCGGUAUCCGGUGAAACUCGUCCAGCCGGCAUCGGACACAGAGGAGGGCAAGAGCGGCCUGAGCGGACAGAAUGGCGGUCGCACUGAGAAAGUCGACCCGAUGCGUCUGGCCUUCCACCCUUACAGUGCACUUACCUGUCAUACCACGUGGCGGACUCCGAACAAGGACAAGGAGGAGGGCCGUAUUGAUGCCGAAGUUGAUGCGCUGAUCGCCAAAUUUCUUUUGUAA